AUGUCCAGGGCGUACGUAGACAUCAAAGACGUAACACUAGGUAUCGACAUAGGAAGCACCAGCACAAGGGCUUACCUCCGAUGCCCAGCAACGAAAGAAGAGUGGUAUGUCGAAAACCCGUCGGAUGAACUUAUUGUUACGAACGGAGACUUUUCGUCGGCCGGGUACCCUUUCAGAUCUAAAGGGCCGGUAUACCUUGGAGAACGAGCAGAUCCUACUUCACAAGCAGUCUCUUUAAAGUAUGCGUUUUACCCACUCGCCGACGCCUCCGAUGAACUCCUCGAGCAGUACCAUCUGGUGCGGUCUUUGAUGGAAAGAAAAAGCGAUGCCAAGUUUCUCGACCGGCUCCGUCAAGGCUUGGAAGAGCUGUUGGCGGUUAUCAAAUGUAGCGUCGACGAUAUCUGUACAAGACAGAGGAUCAAGGUUACGAGAAUUGGCCUAUCUAUCCCAUCUCAAUGGACGCUGGAAUUUGAAGAUGUUUACAAAAACAUUGUUUCCAGUGUCUUCGGCCAUUCACAGAGCAGCAUUUUCUUCCAUACGGAGACUGAAGCUCUGGCUCACUAUCUUCUUGACGAAGGUCUGGAUUACCUCCUGCCUGAUCAACACUCAGAAUACCGCGUCUUUCUCUUUCUUGAUCUUGGCGGACACAACAUGGUCAGCCUUCUAUUUCCUCAUGUUCACCUCUCGACCUCCAUUUUAUAA